AGAACUCCUGACAGAUUUUGGUGCUGCCUUCAUUUGCUUGUGUGAGAGGGGCAGUGAGUGCCCCCUCCAAACAUAGACAAUGGUUUAUUGCUAUUGUUUUGUGGCUUGCUGUGUCUGAAGCUGGACUUGGAAUUUGGCUCACCUCCACUGGGCAAUUGAUGAAUCUUAGCCUCCAGGUGGGCAGGUGGUCCUUGUUCUUAUACCCAUCCCAUCUCCUGUGAUGUUUACUGAACAUUAAUCAAUGUGCCAGAGGGGAGCAAAGCCUAUGAUAAGUAAGGCUUAGAUCUCCUGUCACUUGAGCUGGAGUCACUUAGACGCUUAAGUUUUUAAAGGCAUGGUUUCAUAGGCAGUGGAGCCACAAACUCUGGGUGAAGCGUCAGGGGAAUACCAGCCCCCUCAUGGAUGGUGGAUAUUGAGACUUCCUGAUGCCCUCUCAGGGAUUUUCGGGACUGGAGACUGGCACGUCUUGAUAAUCAGUGUACCUACCUGCCUAGGACAACCUGGCCUCCGUGCGGUGCGUCUUGGUAGCUGUAGUUUUCUGGUGGUUGUGGGGUCUCCUGUGCAACUUGGAGGGUGGCGAACUACAUAACCCCACCCCCACCCCGCCUCCGCCAGGGUCUUUCCUGGGUUCAACCCCAGAAGCACAGGACUGGUGGAGGCGGGCUUAUGCACGUGGAAGCACGAGGAUUGGGUCUGGUGUCGUGGGCGGGGUCGCGCAUGCUCGUUUGGGCAGUGGGCCUGGAGCACAUCAAGAUGUCGACCACGACGGUUCCGGAGCUGAAACAGAUCAGUCGGGAGGAAGCAAUGCGCUUGGGGCCCGGCUGGAGUCAUUCAUGCCACGCCAUGCUGUACGCCGCCAACCCCGGGCAGCUUUUCGGACGUAUCCCCAUGCGUUUCUCAGUGCUGAUGCAGAUGCGCUUCGACGGGCUACUAGGCUUUCCCGGGGGUUUCGUGGACCGGCGCUUCUGGUCGCUGGAGGAUGGCUUGAAUCGGGUGCUGGGCCUGGGCCUGGGAGGCCUACGCCUUACCGAAGCCGAUUACCUGAGUUCACACCUGACUGAGGGUCCACACCGUGUGGUGGCACACCUGUACGCACGGCAGCUGACAUUGGAACAGCUGCAUGCUGUGGAGAUCAGCGCUGUGCACUCGCGGGACCACGGUCUGGAGGUGGGGCUUCUGCCUGGGGCCCGCCCCCAUUCCCACUCCUGAGGUUUGGCUCUGGCACCACAGAAGGCACCUUGGGUCCUGGGCCUUGUACGUGUCCCACUGUACACACAGAAGGAUCGAGUAGGAGGCUUUCCUAACUUUCUGAGCAACGCCUUCGUCAGCACUGCCAAAUAUCAACUUCUAUUUGCCCUUAAGGUACUCAACAUGAUGCCCUCGGAAAAGCUGGCCGAGGCCUUGGCCUCAGCAACAGAGAAGCAGAAGAAGGCCCUAGAAAAGCUGCUCCCGUCCUCAUCCUGAGGAACUUCUUGUGCAGGUCCCUGCCCUCCCUUGGCUGUCUCUGCCCACAGGCCCUGGAGUUCCCGAGACGCGUGCCUUCUAGUGUGUUUGGUUUUGCAUCCCUUCUGACUGCAAGGGACACGCAGGCAGCUUGUUCAUCAUUACUGUCCCAAGCAGUCCCUGGGACCUAGCUACACUCUCAGGUUGGUCAGUGGGGGUGGGCCUGGGCCUAGCUUUUCAAGCUGAAGAUGUUCUCACCCAUCCCAAGGCUCAAACUGUCCUGUGCGAGUCUGUUCGUGACUAGUGGAAUCCCAGCUAGAGCCCAUUCUUCCAAGGCAACCACAUGGUUGGAACACAGAUCCUGGACUGGUCAUGGGUUUUGCCCAACAGAGAUGACCCAUGUUAGAUCAACCCUUCUUUCCCUUAGCCCAGAACCCGAUCCAGCGUGGGGCAGGAUGUUUAUUUGGGUGCUUGUUGGAUUUCUCUGUUAGAUUUUUUUCUUGGUGUAUGAACUGUGGUUUGGUUUCAGAAUGGCUGUGCCCCACAUGAUUUUGUUUUCCCCAUGGGGGCUCUGUGAAACUGAGGAAGGAAGAAGACAAUAAUAAAGCCAUUCCUCUGAUGCUCAUGUUGCU